UCCCAUUUCUCACUCUGCUUCUUGGACCAGCAGCCAGAUCGUCGCAAACGGCGACUUCUAGGCGCUUCCUCUCCCGUCUCCUCCCGCGCGUUGGAGGCUUUUUAAACACUCAUUCGUCAUCGCCGUCCCAGCGGGAAAGUACCAUUCUUCCACAGGCGGCUAGCGUCCCUAGCGUCCACGCUCAGCCGUUCCUCGCACCGCGUCAGCGCAUAAUCCCUCCUUCCUACUACACAAAUCCCAGCUCCCGCUCCUCUUCUCGCGAGGAAACCCCUAAUCAGCGACGCACAAUGUCGCCUACUGACGAGAUGAUGUCGAAGGUCCACGAGCUGGAUCCGCACCUGUCGGUCCAUGACGCGCUGAAUCAGGUCAAUGUUAUCGUCGGCGAGGACGAUAUCCUGGUGGAGGACGAGGAGCUGCUGCUGGACUGCUUUCUCGACAUGCUCAAGGAGCUCGAGGAGAAUGAGCUGGCCGAAGCGGUCCAAACAUGUCUUGGACUGUCGUCCCAGUACAACUCGACCAACGAUCCCGAGGAUCUCAAGAAGCUGGAGGAAGUGGUCGACUCCCUCGACCCGGCUGAGUCCAUUCUCUUCGCUUCCGCCUUUUCCCACAUGCUGACGCUGGGAAACAUUGCGGAGGAGAUUCAGAUGGCUCAUCGUGCGCGGAAGAGCAAGGUCGGGUCCAUUGAGGAGGAAGGCAGUGCGCUUACCGAGUCCAACAUAUCCGAGACAUUCCAGAAGCUGAUCAAGCUGGGCAAGACGCCCGAGCAGAUUUUCGACGAGCUCAAGAAGCAGCGCGUCGACCUCGUGCUCACCGCGCACCCCACGCAGUCCAUCCGCCGCUCCCUGCUGCAGAAGCACGCCCGCAUUCGUGCCCUGCUGUCUCAGCGCCACGCUCAGAAGUACACCAAGGAGAGGCAGCAGGAGCUGGAGGAGGCUCUCAAGCGGGAGAUCCAGGCGGCGUGGCGCACGGACGAGAUCCGGCGCACGCAGCCGACGCCGCAGGACGAGAUGCGCGCGGGCAUGAGCUACUUCUACGAGACCAUCUGGAAGGGCCUGCCCGAGUUCCUGCGCCGUGUCGACACCGCCCUGCGCAGCAUCGGCAUUGAGGAGCGCCUGCCGUACAACAUCCCCAUCAUCCAGUUCUCCUCCUGGAUGGGCGGUGACAGGGAUGGCAACCCCCGCGUGACGGCGUCCGUGACCCGUGACGUGGUGCUGCUGUCGCGCCUCAUGGUCGUCAACCUCUACAUCGCGCAGAUCGAGGAGCUCCUCUUUGCGAUGUCCAUGUGGAGGGGAAGCGACGAGCUCAAGGAGAGGGCGCAGGCAGUGCAAGCAGGGGCCAAGAAGCACAGCAACCACUACAUUGAGUUUUGGAAGCAGGUGCCAGGCAAUGAGCCGUACCGCGUGGUGCUGUGCGAGGUGCGCGAUCGCCUGUGGAACACGCGCGACCACUACCAGCAGCUCAUGGUUUCGGGCCACUCCACCUUCAGCACCGAGGACAUCUACACCUCCGCCUCCCAGCUGAUGGAGCCUCUUGAGCUCUGCUACCGCUCCCUGCACGCCUCCCUGGACGGAGCCAUUGCCGAGGGCCAGCUGCUCGACUUCCUGCGCCAGGUCGCCUGCUUCGGGCUCUCCCUGGUAAAGCUGGACAUCCGUCAGGAGUCGGACCGCCACACUGACGCCGUGGACGCCAUCACCCAGCACCUGGGCCUGGGCAGCUUCAAGGAGUGGACGGAGGAGAAGAAGGUGGAAUGGCUGGUUAUGGAGCUGCAGAGCAAGCGGCCGCUGUUCGGCCCUGACAUGCCCAUGUCGGACGAGGUCCGCGAGGUGAUCUCGACCCUCAACGUGCUGGCGGAACUCCCGGAAGAUUCCCUCUCGGCGUAUAUCAUCUCCAUGGCGACGUCCGUCUCGCACGUGCUGGAGGUGCAGCUGCUGCAGAAGGCGUGUGGGGUGACGCCCGCCCGACGCGUGGUGCCGCUCUUUGAGCGCCUGGACGACCUCAACAACGCGCCUGUGGUGCUCGACUCGCUCCUCAGCAUCCCGUACUACAAGCAGAUCAUCAACGGGCGGCAGGAGGUCAUGAUUGGGUACUCCGACUCGGGGAAAGAUGCCGGGCGGCUGGCCGCGGCAUGGGCGCUGUACAAGGCCCAGGCGAACCUGGUCGAAGUGGCGGGGAAGCACGGGGUGCACCUGACGAUUUUCCACGGCAGGGGAGGGACUGUGGGGCGUGGUGGCGGCCCCACCCAUCUGGCUAUUCUGUCGCAGCCGCCUGGGUCUGUGGACGGGUCUCUGAGGGUGACGGUGCAGGGCGAGGUCAUUGAGCAGUCGUUUGGCGAGGAGCACCUGUGCUUCCGCACGCUGCAGCGCUUCACUGCUGCCACGCUGGAGCACGGCAUGCACCCCCCGGUGACGCCCAAGCCUGAGUGGGUGAAGCUCAUGGACGAGAUGUCGCCGCUCUCCACCGAGGAGUACCGCUCCAUCGUCUUCAAGCACCCGCGAUUCGUCGAAUACUUCCGAGCCGUGACCCCUGAGACGGAGUUCUCCCGCAUGAACAUUGGCAGCCGCCCGUCCAAGCGCAAGCCUGGUGGCGGUGUGGAGACCCUGCGUGCGAUCCCGUGGAUCUUUGCCUGGACCCAGACUCGCUUCCAUCUGCCCGUGUGGCUGGGUCUGUCCGCCGCCUUCCGCGGCAUUCUCGAGCGCGACGCCAAGAACCUGGACAUUUUGCGCGACAUGUACGAGAACUGGCCCUUCUUCCGCGUCACCAUCGACCUGGUGGAGAUGGUGUUCGCCAAGGGCGACCCCCGUGUGGCGGCGCUCUACGAGAAGGAGCUCGCGGACCCUGCGCUCCACGAGUUUGGCGCUGACCUGCGCCGCAAGUAUGAGGAGGCCCGCGAGCAAAUCCUCAAGAUCACCGGCCGUUCCGUUGUGCUGGAAGGGAACGCCCCCCUGCGCCAGCGCCUGCUCAUCCGAGAGCCCUACAUCACACCGCUCAACGUCCAGCAGGUGCUCACCCUCAAGCGCAUGCGCUCAGGCGCCCAUGCCUCGGCCUUCGCUGCUGCUGCCAGCAAUGGCAGCGGGCUGCCGGUGGUGCGCACGAGCAGUGGGAGCAGCGGAGGGUCCAUGAAGCACAACAAGUCUUCUGAAGUCGUGACGCUGAAUCUCGCCUCGGAGUAUGCGCCGGGCCUGGAGGAUACGCUCAUCAUCACCAUGAAGGGUAUUGCGGCUGGGAUGCAGAACACGGGUUAAGUCUCCAAGAGUUGUUCGUUGUGCAUGGUCUUAUGGUCUUGAGGACACAGGGCAGUGUAGUGGGUCUUGCUUGCUCUCCCAUCAGUUAGCUUUACAUAUUUAAGCAUGGAAUAAUGUAGACCUCGUAGCAGCUGAAUAUGUGCUGCUGACGGUGUAAGGGUGCUGGAACGCGCAUGAUCAAGCAUGAUCAACAGUCUGUAGCAUGUACGCGAUGUGUACUGCGUCGCUGCAUGCUCAACCUCUAGUAAAAUUUUUACCCACAU